UGUCUGUUCACGCGUAAUGUGCGUCGUUACGUCAUGUUGCGUGUGUUGGCGAUAUAUCCCAUGAUUCAAGGUGCUAGGUCUCUUUCCCUGAAUUACAAUGUCUAAGAGAGGACGUGGUGGUUCGUCCGGAGCGAAGUUUCGCAUCUCCCUCGGUCUCCCCGUGGGGGCUGUGAUUAACUGCGCUGAUAAUACAGGGGCCAAGAACCUGUACAUCAUCUCUGUCAAAGGCAUCAAGGGACGUUUGAACAGACUACCAGCUGCUGGUGUUGGUGACAUGGUCAUGGCAACUGUAAAGAAAGGCAAACCAGAACUCCGGAAAAAGGUGCAUCCAGCAGUAGUGAUACGGCAACGGAAAGCAUACCGGAGAAAAGAUGGAGUAUUUCUCUACUUCGAAGACAAUGCAGGGGUGAUAGUAAAUAACAAAGGAGAAAUGAAAGGCUCUGCAAUCACAGGCCCUGUUGCCAAGGAGUGUGCAGAUCUGUGGCCCAGGAUUGCUUCCAAUGCUGGGAGCAUCGCAUAAGAAUUAUAAACACUUUCUAUAACAACACCUGUACAAUUCAAUAAAUAUUUUUACUCCGA